UGCGCCACCCAUGGAGCGCAUCGAGGGGGUGGCCGUGGGCCCCUGUUCGCGCUCGCCCUACCUGCGGCCGCUCACGCUGCACUACCGCCAGGAUGGUGUCCAGAAGACUUGGGACUUCAUGAAGACACAUGACAGUGUGACCAUUCUCCUGUUCAACUCUUCUCGGAGGAGCCUGGUGUUAGUGAAGCAGUUCCGGCCAGCUGUGUAUGCAGGCGAGGUGGAGCGCCUCUUUCCGGGGUCGCUGGCAGCUGUGGACCAGGAGCAGCCCCGAGAACUUAAGCCAGCACUGCCCGGCUCCGUGGGAGUAAUGGUGGAACUCUGUGCCGGCAUCGUGGACCAGCCUGGGCUCUCGCUGGAAGAAGUGGCCUGCAAGGAGGCUUGGGAAGAGUGUGGCUAUCACCUGGACCCUGCCGAUCUGCGCCAAGUUGCCACAUACAUGUCUGGAGUAGGACUGACUGGCUCCAGGCAGACCAUGUUCUACGCUGAGGUGACAGAUGCCCAGCGACGAGGGCCCGGUGGAGGUCUGGCCGAAGAGGGAGAGCUCAUCGAGGUUGUACAUCUGGACUUGGACGAUGCCCAGGCCUUUGCAGACAAUCCAAAGGUCCCCAAGACUCUUGGUGUCAUCUUUGCUAUCUCUUGGUUCUUUAGCCAGGUGGCUCCCCACCUGAGUCCCCAGUGAGACCCUGGGGCUAGGCAGCCUGGUCCCAUCCAUUCAGCCUCCUGCCCUGAACACUCAAUAAAGCUUGUAUAAUUUUCACUGAUG